AUGGUAAAACCAAGUAAAAUUCUUGAAAAAAUUAAAAAAAGAACAGAACCAGUUGCUGAACCAGUUGUUGAAGAAGAAUCAGAUGAAGAAAUUAUUGAACAAGAAGGAUCAGAGGAAGAAGAAGAAAUUGUAGAAGAGGAAUCAGAGGAGGAAGAAGAAGAAGUUGAGGAGGAAAAUAAAAAUAUAGAAGAAAAUAAAAAAGAUCAAUCAAUUUAUACAAAGAAAAGAGUAUUAUUUACAUCAACACGUGGUAUUGGAUCAAAGUAUCGUCAUUUAAUGGCAGAUUUAAUAUCAUUAAUUCCACAUUCAAAGAAAGAGGAUAAAAUUGAUGAUAGAAAGACAUUAUCAUUAAUUAAUGAAACAUGUGAAAUGAAAUCAUGUAAUUAUGCAAUACUAUUUGAUGUUAGAAAAGGUACAGAUUGUUUCCUUUGGAUGGCAAAAACACCAUUGGGUCCAACAGUGAAAUUCCACAUUACCAACGUUCACACAUUGGACGAAUUACAAAUGACUGGUAAUUGUUUGAAGGGUAGUCGUCCAUUCCUCCAUUUCGAUAAAUCAUUCGAUUCCGAGGUACACCUCCAAUUAAUCAAAGAAUUGAUCACUCAAAUCUAUAGCACUCCAAAGGGACAUGUCAAAUCCAAACCUUUCUUUGACCACGUUUUCUCUUUCUUUUAUCAAGAUGGUCGUAUUUGGUUUAGAAAUUAUCAAAUCUCUGAUCAAGAAUUUAAAAAGGAUUCUUUACUCACUGAAAUCGGUCCAAGAAUGAUCAUGCAUAUCGAUAAAAUCUUCUCUGAUGGUUUCGGUGGUAGUGUUCUUUACUCAAAUCCAAAUUAUGUCUCUCCAAAUAAUACUCGUUCCGAUCAUAAACUUUCAAAAGCAAAUAAAUACAUUAAAAGAAAAUAUCAAAAAGGUAAAGCUGAAGAAAGACAAAAAAUCUCUUUCAUUGAACCAAGUGAAGUUGAUACAGUUUUUGAUAAUUAA